AUGCUAGAUCCUCUGCUGAAGUCCAGGAGCUCUGGGACACUUCGUUCAGCUGAAACUGGUUCAUCAAAGGAAAGCUUGAAUUCCUUCAAAUCAAAGCAAUUUGAUGCCACUGAACCACUUAAGGAUGAAAAGUAUGAGCCAUCAAGGAUAAAAGCUCUUCUGCAGCUUACAAUAAGGAAUGGAGUUCCUUUGUUCAGAUUUGUGGUUGACAACAAUAGCAACAUUCUUGCAGCCACCAUGAACAAGUUAUCAUCGCCUCGGAAGAAUAAUUCAGGCUGCAACUAUACGUUCUAUGCCAUUGAUGAAAUCAAGAAAAAGAGUGGCAGCUGGAUAAGUCAAGGCAGUAAAGAGAAGAGCUGUGGCUAUGUCUACAAUGUGAUUGGCCAUAUGAAGGUUAAUGGCUCUUCCAUCUUUGAAUUGAAUGGACCGAACUCCGUUGGCCAGAUUAAGGUGAAAGAGUCUGUUUUGUUUGGUGUCGACCUAAGUCAGGCGAAUCAGGCAUCGCCUAAGUUCAUGGCAAAUAGGGAGCUUGCAGCUAUUGUUUUCAAAAUGCCUAAUGAAAUCUCUAGCCUCGACCUGCAGCAGACUGAUCAAAACUUGAUACACAAGGGCUCCUCACAGUGUCUUCCAGAAAGUCGAAGCUCUGGUAACUUGGGGGAAACCAAACACUGUUGUAGUGCUACUGUCAUACUUCCUGGUGGUAAUCAUAGCUUGCCAAACGAGGGAGUGCCUUCGCCAUUGAUACAUCGGUGGAGAUCUGGUGGAUCAUGUGAUUGUGGCGGUUGGGAUGUUGGUUGCAAUCUACGUACACUCACCAAUGGAAGCCGAAGUACUAAGAUUCCAAGUACAUUUAAAAGUUGCCUGAUAUCAAAUUGUUUUGAACUUUUCACUGAGGGAGCAAUCCAACAAGACCAGCCUAUCUUCAGUUUGGCACAAGUGGAAAAAGGAAUGUAUUCGGUUGACUUCAGUUCAUCAAUUUCUUCUUUACAGGCAUUUUUCAUUUGUGUUACUGUUAUAAGUUGUCAAAAAUCAUCUGAUCUUCUGGAUUUCAACAAUGCUUCCAGUGAAAAAGUUCACCAGGAGCUGAGGAGCUCUGGUAAUGGAACAAAGAAGAUCCACACCAUUUCCUCCGGGGAAACACAUGUGAAAUACACUCUAAGCCCUCCUCUUUCCCCUUUUGAAAGGGUGUAG